AUGGUAUGUUUGGGUAUUCGUUACGGACUUAGCAAAUCCACUGCUGCUUUCUUUAACGAUCGACGGGAUCCGAUUUCCGGAUUCAAACGCCUUCAUUCUCCCUCAAUCCCCAAAGUCGCCGUUAAAAAUAAUGUGCAGAGAAUCUCGGCUGUGGCGGCGGUUGUUUCCGAUCGUCGUGUUUCUAAUCAGGUUUCCUUUUCCAUCGACGCAGACCUAAUGCUGGCUAACAGAUUCGUAAACGACGAUAACGAGUUUGAUAAUCGUGCUACCGAGAUCUCUAGUGUUCCGGACAAAUUCGAGGAGUGGAUUGAAGGUUCCGUUACGGAAAUUGUGAAGAACAUAACACAAGCGCCGUUGCUGCUUCAGAUAUACGCCAACGGCGAGGUGAAAACGAAGAAGGCGGUGAAAGCUGAAAGCUGGCUGGACGUGAUUACAGAAUCGUCUUCGCCAGACGGAAUCAUCCUAGUGGAAGAGCUAUCGGAGAACAGAGAUCAUAUAUCAGAGCGUGAAUUCAACGAAAAAGACGGGACUAGGGCUUUUGGAGUACUGAUUCAAGGUAAAAUCAAAGGAAGAGAUGACUGUGAAGAACUUCUGGGAAAGUGCAUCCUCGCAGUUGAAUAG